AUGUGUGACGUCAUGCGUGACGUCAUGUGUGACGUCAUGUGUGACAUCAUGUGUGACAUCAUGUGUGACGUCAUGUGUGACGUCAUGUGUGACAUCAUGUGUGACAUCAUGUGUGACAUCAUGUGUGACAUCAUGUGUGACAUGUGUGACGUCAUGUGUGACAUCAUGCGUGACAUCAUGUGUGACAUCAUGUGUGACGUCAUGCGUGAUGUCAUGUGUGACGUCAUGUGUGACGUCAUGUGUGACGUCAUGUGUGACAUCAUGUGUGACAUCAUGCGUGACAUCAUGUGUGACAUCAUGCGUGACAUCAUGUGUGACAUCAUGUGUGACGUCAUGUGUGACAUCAUGCGUGACAUCAUGUGUGACAUCAUGUGUGACGUCAUGCGUGACAUCAUGCGUGACAUCAUGUGUGACAUCAUGUGUGACAUCAUGUGUGACGUCAUGUGUGACGUCAUGUGUGACAUCAUGUGUGACAUCAUGUGUGACAUCGUGUGUGACAUCAUGUGUGACAUGUGUGACGUCAUGUGUGACAUCAUGCGUGACAUCAUGUGUGACAUCAUGUGUGACGUCAUGCGUGAUGUCAUGUGUGACGUCAUGUGUGACGUCAUGUGUGACGUCAUGUGUGCCAUCAUGUGUGACAUCAUGUGUGACAUGUGUGACGUCAUGUGUGACAUCAUGCGUGACAUCAUGUGUGACAUCAUGUGUGACGUCAUGCGUGACGUCAUGUGUGACGUCAUGUGUGACAUCAUGCGUGACAUCAUGUGUGACGUCAUGUGUGACAUCAUGUGUGACAUCAUGCGUGACAUCAUGUGUGACAUCAUGUGUGACAUCAUGUGUGACAUCAUGUGUGACGUCAUGUGUGACAUCAUGCGUGACAUCAUGUGUGACAUCAUGUGUGACGUCAUGCGUGACAUCAUGCGUGACAUCAUGUGUGACAUCAUGUGUGACAUCAUGCGUGACGUCAUGCGUGACAUCAUGUGUGACAUCAUGUGUGACAUCAUGUGUGACAUCAUGUGUGACGUCAUGUGUGACAUCAGAAGCAGGACACAGCAGCAGGACACAGCAGGAGGACACAGCAGCAGGACACAGCAGCAGGACACAGCAGCAGGACACAGCAGCAGGACACAGCAGCAGGAGCAGGAGGACACAGCAGCAGGACACAGCAGCAGGACACAGCAGGAGGACACAGCAGCAGGACACAGCAGCAGGACACAGCAGCAGGACACAGCAGGAGGACACAGCAGGAGGACACAGCAGCAGGACACAGCAGCAGGACACAGCAGCAGGACACAGCAGCAGGACACAGCAGGAGGACACAGCAGCAGGACACAGCAGGAGGACACAGCAGCAGGACACAGCAGGAGGACACAGCAGGAGGACACAGCAGGAGGACACAGCAGGAGGACACAGCAGCAGGACACAGCAGGAGGACACAGCAGGAGGACACAGCAGGAGGACACAGCAGGAGGACACAGCAGGAGGACACAGCAGGAGGACACAGCAGGAGGUGGAGCUUGA